AUGCUUCCAGGACCACAUUACGACUUCUUUGCUUCCAAGAAGGCCACUCUCGUGCUGGCGCCAUUUUCCGGUGGCCAGGGCAGAAGCGGCGUCGAAGACGGGCCCAAAUACAUGUUGAAGCACGGGCUUUCCGACCAGUUGCAAGAACUCGGCUGGGACGUCUCCAUCAGCGAUCCUUUGGCUGGCGAAAACUACGAACAACGCAACGACCAGGACUUGUCUGACGUGUACGAGAAGGUAAAAAGACCACAACUGGUAGGUGAGGCUACCGAAAAGAUCUACCACGCAGUAAAAGACGUGAUAAGCCGCGGCGAAAUGCCAGUCACUCUAGGUGGCGACCACUCCAUCGCCAUGGGCUCCGUUGCCGGCGUGUUCAGCCAACACCCAGAUGCCUGUUUGCUGUGGAUCGAUGCACACGCCGACAUCAAUACCCCCUCCACCACAGGGUCCGGUAACUUGCACGGGUGCCCAGUUUCGUUUUUGAUGGGUCUAGAGCCAGAAAACACCCCUCCUGCUCUCAAAUGGGUUCCAAAGUGUGUCAAGCCCAACAAGAUCGCUUACAUCGGUCUCAGAGAUGUGGACAGUGACGAAAAGAGGAUCCUCAAGGAACACAACAUUAAGUCUUUCUCCAUGUACCACGUUGACCGCUAUGGUCUCAACAGUGUCAUUGAAAUGGCGCUUCAAGCAAUCAACCCAGAUGGCACAAGCCCCAUCCAUUUGUCAUACGACGUUGACGCGAUCGAUCCACUUUUCGUUCCUGCCACCGGUACUCCAGUGAGAGGCGGACUAACGCUAAGAGAGAGUUUGUUUUUGGCCGAAAGAGUCGCCGAAACUGGCAGACUCAUUGCUCUAGAUGUUGUCGAGUGUAAUCCAUCGCUAGCCGUUCACGACAUACACAUCUCAGACACGAUAUCCGCCGGAUGCGCGGUUGCCAGAUGUGCUAUGGGCGAAACCCUAUUGUAA